AUGCCGCAUAGCACAAGCACGGCAGCAACACUGAUGAAGCCCUUCUCGCGGAGCCUCCAGAGGGACCUGGACGCCGCAGUCGACGACGAUGACGGCAAGCAGUACUCCGCCGACGACGGGGAUGGCAAGCAGAACACCGAGAGAGGCCUCCGGCGGCCGUCCCGGCUGUUCUACCUCGCGCUCCUCUACACCGUCUUUUGGGCCCUGGUAUUCUACCACCACUUCUCCACCAGCUCGCAACAAUCGGGCAGCGCGGCGGUGGCAGCGCCCACCGUGCUCCAGCUCAAGCCGUCGGCGUUCUUCUCGGCGUCUCGCUUCUUCCGCCGGGACCCGUGCGCCGGCCGGUACGUGUACAUGUACGACCUGCCGCCGCGGUUCAACGCCGACCUCGUCCGCCAGUGCAACCGGGUCUCGAUCUCCUCCCACGUGUGCAAGGACGUGUCCCACGACGGGUUCGGCCCGCCCAUCACGGGCGGCGGCGAGGGCGGGUCGCUGCCGGAGCGGGGCGCCUACGACACCGACCAGUUCAUGCUGAGCAUCAUCUUCCACGCCCGGAUGCGGCGGUACGAGUGCCUCACGGCCGACCCCGCCGGCGCCGCCGUGGUGUACAUCCCGUUCUACGCCGGCCUGGACGCGGCGAUGCACCUGGACAACAAAGACCUCGCGGCACGGGACGCCCUGUCUCGGGACCUGAUGGACUGGCUGGCGCAGCGGCCAGAGUGGCGCGCCAUGGGCGGGCGCGACCACUUGCUCGUCUCCGGGAGGGGAACAUGGGACUUCCUCCGCAGCCCGGACUCAACCGGCUGGGGUAACACUCUCAUGACCUACGACCUGGCCAUCCGCAACGCCACGUUCCUCAGCACCGAUGCUAGCCCGCGGCACGGCAACGACUUCGCCGUGCCGUUCCCGUCGCACUUCCACCCCUCCUCCGACGCCGAGGUCACCGACUGGCAGGACCGCAUGCGCCGGCUGGACCGCGCGUGGCUCUGGUGCUUCGCCGGCUGGCCCCGUGCCCAUGGCGUCGGUAUGGGGCCCGAGCGCGCCCAGAUCAUCGAGCAGUGCGGCAAGUCGAGCCGCUGCUCUCUGCUUGGCAAGUUGAACAACUACGUGCCCAUGCGGCUGCUCGAGAGCGCCCAGUUCUGCAUGCAGCCGCGUGGCGACGGAUACACGCGCAAGUCCACCUUCGACUCCAUCCUCGCCGGCUGCAUCCCGGUUUUCUUCCACCCGGUGUCCGCCUACCUACAGUACACCUGGCACCUGCCCAGGGACUACCGGACCUACUCCGUCUUCAUCCCUCACGGCGACGUCGUCGGCCGGAACGUCAGCAUCGAGGAGGUGCUGCGCAGGAUACCGUCGGAGAAGGUGGCGCAGAUGCGGGAGCGGGUCAUCGAGCUUAUACCCACCGUGAUGUACCGGCACCCGGCGGCCAAGGGGGUUACGUUCAAAGACGCGUUCGACGUCGCCCUUGACCGUGUCCUCCACCGGGUGGCCAAGCGCCGGCGUGCCGCGGCCGAGGGACGGGAGUACGUGGACAGCGUCGACGGACGUGAUAGCUGGAAGUACGACCUCAUGCUAGAAGAUGGGCAGAACAAGAUAGGUCCGCACAAGUUUGAUCAAUAUCUGGUCAUGCACGCAACCAAAGAUUAA